AAAGCACAUGCGGUUGUAUUGCGUUUUCCUUUUAUUUCGAAUUCCUAGAUAGGUGAUUCAUAAACAAAAAAAUCAAUACUUGUUGGGGAAGGUUUGUUAUGGAGGGUUAAAACUUGAAUGCCAAUUACAUUUAAAAGCUAAGGGAAUGUUGCCGGAACCUGACAAUUUUGGUGUGUUGUAUCAUAAGUCCUAUCGAGUACAUCCUGAUGGUUUUAGGAAAUGUACGGAAUGGAAAAAAAUGAAAAAGAAAGUGCCGAAAUCUAGAUCCAAACAAAAAAAACUGGAACUUCUUUAUGAGGGUGAAUUUCAAACUGCUCCUGAAAUCGAACUACCACUAAAUUCUUCAGGAUUUGCGUUGUUCGCUUCUAUCAGAUUGGCAGUACUAGAUAGAUGGAUGAAAAGCGCCAGUCAAGAAUAUCUUCAAAGUAGCUGCAGUAUACCCGUUGGGGAUCAUAGUGACUUUGAGAGUGAUACCGAAGAUAAUACUCAAAGCAGUACCUAUGUUCCCACCAAAGUGUCAAAGGUAGUUGGAUUAGGUAUACGUUCAGUGUUUGAACUUAUCAAGGAGAGUAGAGUCACACAUCCAGUUCUUUGUACCAGAGCCCUUUUGGCACUGCUGGAUGUGUUACAAGGGCAGUCUCCUGAGGGGCUCAAGUCUGAACCGCCCGACGUAACAGACUCACUUUUUGAGUUACUACUCGACUUGGCCACUUUACACGGCCCGGAAAGUUCUGUGCCUAAUGAUGGCACUCAUCUUACAGCAGUGGCUUGUGCCUGCUUGUUGGCACUUGUAGUCGUCCGUGGUGAUACUGGCAAGUAUCUAUCGGCGACUGCAGCUCUUUUGAUGUGCCCGAGAGCACUGUCUAUUCAAAAUAUUCAGAUGCCGGCUGUGUUAUCAUCUUUGCAGAGGAGCGUCCACGGUAUACUUCUUGGUAAAAUGUUAAGGCCGGAUUGGUUAACGCACGGAGUUCCCAAAACAUCGCAGAUCGACUCGUUUCAAGUUAAAAUGCCCAACGAUUUAAUAAAUACCCAUUUAGGGGUGAAGGCCCUGGCCUUUGACAGUCAAUAUUUGUACCUAUUCUCUUCAAGGGGUCUUUUAAAAAUCGGUAGCGGUUAUGGCAGCACCAUUAAGGGGCACGUAUCUUUUUGGAAGCCCGAUUUUUAUCCCAACGACAACGGAAGUUUGGUUUACUGUCUGGGCAAUUUGUAUUUGAAGUUAUGCGGCAGAAGGGGAGGAGAGUUUUUGAUAGUCGAAAGAAACAGUCUUCUAAUUUCCGGUUCUGUUCCGCUACAGAGCAGAGACGUGGGAUCUUCGGUUAUUUUUUCCGACGGCGAAAAUUUGGGGACGAUUUCUACCGCAAAAGACGAUGGGUUUGUGGUGAGACUGCUGAAUCAAAAUACGGUUCCGGCAUCGCAAUUAAGCGAGUUACCAUUAAAACUGGCGCGAAAAUGCGUGGAUGUCUUGGGCUACGCCCCGUUUGAGGACGAGUGCGGAUCGUACACGAUUAACCUAAACACCGAGGAGGAGGUCAGUACUAUCUGCAUCGGAAAGGAAUUCGGCUUGCUACGAUCCGUCACUGGCAAGGUGAUGUAUACCGGGAAACCUUCCGCUCUCGGCAUUAAACAGGCCGGGGUACGAUCCGGAAAAUGGUCGGAACUCGUGCUGACCAAAUCGCCGAAAAUAAUUCAUGUCGCGAUUGGACAUGACGGACUGCACGCGAUAUUAGUCGCUGAAGAUGGAUCGGUGUUUUUUACCGGUACGGCAAGAAGGGGUGAAGAUGGUGACCAAAGUAAGGUUAGGAGGCAACCGAAAGCCGUAAAACCAAAGAAAAUGAUGAAAGUUGAUGGGCAGCAUAUUGUCACCGGUGCUUGCAACAACGGCACCACAGCCCUGGUCACCAGGGACGGUGAGCUGCUUAUUUUCGGCAAAGACACAACGCAUUGCGAUGCGGCCACUGGCGUGGUCACUAGUCUGAAGGGGGAGUUUGUGACGCAGGUGGCGCUCGGUAAGGCUCACGCCAUUGCGUUGACCAGCAAGGGGCACAUUUACUCGUUUGGUAUCAAUAACAAAUUCCAGUGCGGACGGGAGUUUGCCAAACAACAAAAGGAAGGCAUCGUAACACACGUAAUCGCCAUGGAAACGUGCCAGGGUCAGGAAGAACACGAAUACUACGACGAAGUUGAGGAAAUGCACAAGGAGAGUGGCAACGUGUGCACCAAUUCCGAGGGCAAUUUGGAGGAUGCGCAGCAGAACAUUUGCGCUCCCGGUAUGCACAACUGGCACGACGACCUGUGCAUGAUUUGUACGGUUUGCAGAGAAUGUACCGGAUAUUCGAUCAGCUGUUUGUCGUCGAUGAGCGCGGAAAGAAAUCCUGGACAGGAGUGCGGAUGUGGGGAAGGGGACAGCGGUUGCGCGGUUUGCGGCUGUUGCCGAAUCUGCGCUCACGAGGUCGUAGACAAUUCGGAAUUGGCCGAUUUGGCGGGGGUGAUGCGUAUCGAGCAAAUAUUCCGCGACAAUAAGGUCAUGCUUCCGCCCAGGCAGAGGACCAAAUUGCAGGAGCAAAUUCAAAGUCGUCUCGACGAUCGGAAGAAUAAAAGCGUCAAGUCCAUUGCCAGCUCCAGCAAGCAGCCUACAAAACUUAAAUCUUCGAGGUCAUCAGUUAUCGCCACCCCCACGCAUAAGUCGAAUGUCGCGCGCCAGUCGAAUUUACUGGGGGCCGUCAAGGAGCAAACUAGUUCCGACGUCGAGAGGGACACUGCGCGGGUGGCGUGUCUUCCACCAGCGAAACUACCCUUACCAUCAGAUAGCCCGGUCGUGCAAAUAGCGUGUGGACUACAUCACAGCGUGUUACUGCUGCAAAAUGGCCAGGUGUUGACGUUCGGCUCGAACCUGUACGGUCAGCUCGGUUGCGGCGACAUCCUCGCAAAGAAUGCGAUUCAACAGGUCAAGUUGCCCAACAGCGCGGUCCAUGUGGCCGCGGGUAGCAACCAUACCGUCGUUUUGACAUCGAAGGGGGAGGUGUACACUUUCGGAAAUGCUGAGAAAGGCCAGUUAGGCCGUCAACCACCGCCACAGGAAGCAUCGCUAGUUGGUCAGAGUUCGACGAGCUCGCGGUAUAGUAACCCCAGAACACCGUGGUAUAGUACACCGGGACCUAUGCCCAGCGUGGGUCCUAAGCACGGGCGUCGAGCCACGUGGGUGGGUGCGUCAGGAGAUCAGUCAUUUGUCAAACUAGAUGAGAGUCUAAUAAAUUCAGUCAGCAUCUCAAAGUCGACGAUUACAGCGAAUAAGCAUUCCAUCAUUUUAGUUCCAAACCAGGAAGCAGUCAGCAAGAACUUCAAAUGUUUGGUAAUAAAUAGGAAAGACGGCAACUGUAAUUCAUUCAAAGGCCCCGAUCAGGCCGACUUCAGCAACAAGGUCGUUUGUAUGGAUCCGAUUUACAACGUGCUGUGGUCGUACAAUCCAUCCAAUCACGAGAUCGAUUGUUACAACGUCAUCGCCUCAGAGUUACAAACCACCGCCGCCGUAAGAACCACAGACAAAAAGAUCCUGACCAAUAUUAAAACCGUUAACGAGGAAACCGUCAUGGAGAGGCAGUCCAGCCUUAAUAUAGUCCUCUCUCCCGAGCUCGCGUUGCCCGUUAUGACGAACUGCCACGUGAGUAGAUUUCAGGCGGCCAUCAAUCUUCUAUGUUGUCUCGACACUCUUACGAUGGCGCACGAUCUUCAAAUUUCCGCUGUCAAAGAGGAGGUGGACGAGAGGCAACUGAUAUCCGGCAAGCAGUACUUGAAAGAGGACUUCAUGGCCGUGAAUCGAUUCGAGAGUCACGGCGGCGGUUGGGGUUAUUCCGGGCACAGUAUAGAAGCCAUUAGGUUUACGGCUGACACCGACCUGUUGCUGGGAGGGUUCGGGUUGUUCGGAGGUCGCGGCGAAUACACCGCCAAGCUGAAACUGUUGGAUAUCGGUCCCAACGGGGGAGAACAAGAGAUCGACGGGCAAUUACUGGCCGAAACCGAAGAGGUGCCUUACGAAUGCGGUCCGAGACAGAAGUGUUCGGUUUUAUUCGACGAGCCGGUUCAGUUGCAGGCGCAUCGAUGGUACGUUGCGUGGUGUCGAAUUAGCGGUCCAAGCAGCGACUGCGGUUCCUCGGGUCAGUCGAUGGUAACGACUGAGGACCAAGUGAUGUUCUAUUUUAAAUCCUCGAAAAAAUCGAACAACGGGACUGACGUGAAUGCGGGCCAGAUUCCACAAUUACUUUAUAAAAUUAUCACCCCGGAAAAUCAAAGUCCUCCCCGUCAAGUGGACGUGACCGAACCCAUACACAUUCUGUCCAACGAAUUUUCCCGAACGGUCACCAAAGAAUGCUUCCAAAGCUUGCUGUCGCUGCUUCAGUGGUCUUGGAAUACGUUUAAGUGGGGUAUCAUGGAAGGGCAGUCUGUUAAGAACGUAUACACCAGUAUGGAACUAGAAAGGCUCGUCUACAUAAGCACCGCCAGCUUACGCUUGAUAUGCACGUACACGAACGAAAUAUAUCCCCGGCAGAUAAAAAAGAAAAUCCCCUUGGAAAACGUACAUCUGGCGGAGUCCAUUGGAGACGUUCGCACGCUUUUGAAGCAGAUCCUCUCGGACAAUAUACCGUUGCUCAUGCAAAACAAGAAAUCUAGCAGAACCAAGACCUACAACGUUACCCUGAUGAACAAUAUACUUAUGGAAUGUCACACCGCUUUUGUGUCCUGUUUCCAUGCGUUUUAUCCGACUGCCUACUUGAAGUGGACUUGCCUUUGCGAUUUGUUGGCUGAGGCUUGCGAGGAUUACAAUCCUCACAGUCCGUCAAACUCACAAAUGUUAUUGAGUGCGGUGUUGUGCGCGUUGUGCGCUCCCAAUGUGCGAUUAAGGAGCACUUUUCCAUUGCUCGGGACCAGCAUGAACGCUGAGAGUUCCUUACAUCGCGGUCUGAGUCCGUCCGACAAUACUGGUCAUCCGAUGAUGAGCGUAUCGGAUUCGCACCACUAUCCUAUUCUCGUCGAACAAAUGAGUUACAAGACACAGAUGGAAUCAAAUUACGCCGGAUUGACGUGGCAAUGGAAUGAUAUAUUAGAACGCCUCAUGAACCUGGUUUCCGAUCCGAUUUUGCAAGUAUUGCGCAAGCAAGUAACGAUAUCGCUACCCGAACUGUCGAAAUAUUGCUGCCAUUUGCUGGCACGAGUCCUGGGAGAGCUCGUGCAUCAGUGCAGUUCAUCGGACGAGGACAUGCAAGCUGUGGGCGGAAGAAUCCUGCACAUGACUCCAUCCAGAUUUACCAGAACCAAUCAGUCUCGCACAUGGAACACCGGUAAUGGUUCCCCCGACGCGAUAUGUUUCCAAGUCGAUCGACCUGGUAUUUCGAUCGUCGGGGUGGGGAUAUAUGGCGGUAUAGGUCACUACGAAUACGAACUCGAGCUUUUGGAGGACACCAGCUUGUCGACGGGUUUGGAAAACCAUACAGCCCACAGGUGGAACAGUUUGGAGAUAGCUGCGGGUUCGUUCGGACCUGAAGAUUUUGCCCCCGAUAUUGUUGAAGUUAAAUUCGAUCGGGUUGUCUCAGUAAAGGAAAAUGUGAAAUACGCCAUUCGGUUAAGGAUUCACGGUGGUAGAACUAACAAUGGUGAUGGUGGUUUGAGUUCGGUGAAGGGAUCGGAUAACACAACGUUCACGUUUUCCACUUGCUCGUUGAGUUUCAACGGCACCACUCUAACCCGCGGGCAAAUCCCGAUCUUACUUUAUUACAGUAAUCCAUCAGAAUGUGGAAAAACCACGGCAUCGAAAUUGGAAUUUCAAGCCAGGAAAGCGGCGUUGUCGAUGACUAGCUCGAUAGUACAGAAAGCUAGUAAACUGAUGAUGCUAGCUCGCGAAAGGGCGGAUGAGGUCUCGUCAGUAAGCAUAUUGAGCGAGUCUCGUAUUGUCAAAACGUUGCUGCCGUUGGUUCUGGCCCACAUCAGUCCGCUGGCAUCUAGCGACCCAAAAAGUGCAGUUCAUAUUCUCAGCUUGAUUCAGGAAUUACUGCCCCACGUGGCGGCAUUAAAUCUAAUGGACACGCCGACCUCUAGCCGCGCCUUAGUCAACUCGAACACCUCAAAUUUGGACUCCAAUGACAACAAAAUUGUAACAACUAGCAACCAUUGCACUUGGGUGGAAAGCGAGCAUCCCUACAAGCCGGCAAAUGUGGCCAAUUACAGAGUAUCGUUUCCGGAUACCGUAAAGUGGAUGUCAUUAGAAUUUGAUCAGGCGUGCGCCACAGCGCAACCCGAAGACUCUCUCCAGCUCUACAUACCCGCGUUAGACUUCAACCCGUCUAAGGAAAACGCGAGCAAUAUCAACGAGAACUUCGAUUGCCCGUCCUUACCUUACUGGCCAGUUUUGCAUAAAUUUAGUGGCAGCUUGCAGUGGCCAACGAACGCGGUGGUUCUACCCGGUAACGAGGUGGUCUUCUCGUUGGAAACGGCCACCGAUUAUUUGAAAGACGACAGGGCGAGCGCCUACGGUUUCAAGUGUCUCGUAAUCGGAUACGAAUGGCCUCCGGAUUCCACCUGUGACACCGGUUUGAGGCAUUUGGAAGCCGAGCUCGCGUUCCUCGGAGGGAUGUGCUCGGCGAGUUUAAUGAAGAAGGAUUUGCUUCUGCCUGUCGUUGGAGAGGAAGGCGAAAUUGACGUGGAAACUGCCGAAGUUGUCGCCGGUCAGAUAUUCUCCGAUCACAAUUCAUUGUUAUCGAAAGGAUUGGCUCUGAGCUCGCCACCGACCGUGUCACAGGCUUUGGAUGGUAUGCUGCCAUACAGUGUGCAUUCAAACGAACGUCUCUUUCUUCGGGACUUUGUGAACUGCGUCGCCGGCUCUAGCGGAGCUCGUCUAGCUCAGUGGCUUCAACCGGGAAGCCGCGUGGAUCCCUCCAAGUGUCAAGUGCUCUACAACAGAGACGAGUUACGAUGCGGUUGGCCCGCGAUCAUCACGAUCCUUACUAGGGACCAAUACUCGGAUCUGGUGCACGUGCCCAACAUGAAGGUGGAUGUCAAAGCGUUACCAAUAGACAAGAAGGAGUUGGGCGAUUCCGAAGCGAGGAAAAUGAGGAGGGUGAGCCAACCGGACCCGUUGACUUUUGGCGGUCUACCGCCUCCUCCGUUGCAUCACGCGUACGAAUCCACCGUAAGGGAUAAGAUGUGCUUCCACGCCAUCACCGUCAUGAAACCGUACCAAAAUUACUCUUUCGAGGAGCUGAGGUAUACCUCGCCUCCGGUGAAGAGAUCGAGCGAGAAUAUGUUGGUCCGGCCCAAUUGCGAUGGGACGUACAGCGCAACUUGGACGCCCGCCUCCGUAGGCUGUUACUCCAUGGUGGUGACCAUCGACGGCUACGACAUGGAAGAAGCCUUCAAAGUAGAAGUAAAAGAGCCGCCGCAGGGAAUGGUUCCUCCCAACCAGAAUUUGAGCAAGAAAGCCAGUAACCAGCCGAACAGGGUGCGCAAGUUUGUAGCCAAAAACUCCGCCGGGCUUCGGAUAAGAGCCCACCCGUCGUUGCAGAGUGAACAGAUCGGCGUGGUACAUGUUAACGGAACUAUCGUUUUUAUUGACGAGAUCCAUAAUGACGACGGGGUGUGGCUGAGACUUUCCGCCGACACUAUAAGGCAAUAUUGCGGGGCUCACAUAAUCGAAGCCUGGUGUCUGCAAUACAACCAGCACUUGGGCAAAACCCUACUGCUUCCGGUGGAAGAACCAAAAUCGAUUCUCGAUCAAGUGAUCACCGAUACGAUCACCAAGCGAAUACCAGAAAUCCAAGACAAAAGCAAACAUUCCCAAAUUAACUACAAAGUGAUUAAAUGCGGAGCUUCUGGGCAUAACGUGCGCAGUAGACCGAGUCUCAAGGCGCCGCCGGUCGGCAUGCUGGUUUUAGGAAAUCGCGUCGGCGUCAGCGAAUACGUUGCGAAUUCGGAAGGUUGUUGGGUGUUGCUCGAUAAGGCGACGAGGGAAAAAUAUUGCUUCAGCACCGACAGUGAAGCUUGGUCGCUAGCGAUCGGAGACAAUAUUUUAUAUUUGGACACCGUUAACGAUUCGGACGAACCGCAAAUAUCCGAGUCGCGGAAAGUGUUCAACUUUUCCUGUCCCAAGUCGGGCGACUUCAACUUUUCCGCUCAGGAGUCGUCGGCGACCGUCAAAGGUGGCGCCACAGAGUCCCUAUCUACCAAUCCGUUUGUAUUCGGUGAAACUAACGAAUCGUCGAAAUUUCUAAAAAGGGACAGGCGGGAAAAAAUCAAAACCAAGCCCAAAAUGUCGCGGUCCGAGGAAGUUAAGAAUGACGUAAUGUCUGAUGCUAUAAGACCCGUUGCCGAGCAUGGCGCGAAUGGUAACGGUACUCCUCCGGAUACUCCGAAACGUUCCCUAAGUCCCCGCCCUGGUCAGUUCUCGCCGAAACCUGCUAGUCGGAGUUCGAGCCCUGUGGCAGUUUCGAAUCGCACUUUUCAAGCCGACAGUGGCAGUAACAGUCCCCAAAUUUACGGUUCUUCGCGAAGCAUAGGACUGUCACCGUUGGUAUCUGGGACGGGUUACGACAGCACCAGGAGAGGUUCAAACCAAUCCGACACUAGCGCGCUGGUUAGUAGUAUAACGAGAGACCUGUCGCAAUCCCCGAGUCAGGCCACCCAAUCCAGAGAAACGUCACCUAGUCCCAGCGGCAGCUCGUUCCAUACCCGAUCGGAACCCAGUCCGCCGCUAACACCCGCUCCGACAAGAAAGGAAUGCGUCGACAACGAGCAAAACACCAAAAAACUGACGCAAACGGGAACGCAGACAUCGCCCGAAAACGUCACCAAUUCCCUGAAAGGUCAUUUCUCCAUCGGAAGCGUCAGUAAAGAGGAAAAGGUGUCGCCCAAAUUGUCCAGAAAAGAACGAGGCUCGGCGAAGGCGAGACCCAAAAGGGCAAUUUCUCCGGCAAAUAUGCACCAGCCUUCGUCUGGUUCCAAAAUUAAUUACCCCGGUUCGGAACCCGUUAAACAGGCGACGAGUCCGUCAGUCGCCGAGUCUUUAAGGGCCGGGUUUGCCGCGUUCUUGUGGCACGAAGGCAUAGUUCACGACGCUAUGGCUUGCGCGUCGUUUCUAAAAUUCCAUCCGACGCUGCCCAAGCAAGGCGCGCUGGUGGUGACGCGCCCCGAUCUCACCGUGGAAAAGAGACAGAAAGAGUUGACGAAAGAGGAAAAAGCUAGGCAGCGACAUUCGGUCGAAGUCAGCAACGCAGGUUACCUUCACAUACAGCCGUCGACGCUCGAGUCGCUGACCCGUUCCGCAGCGAAUGCAAGCGCCAACAGGAACCGUUCGAGAAAAAUCACCGACGGGAUCAUCAAAGAAGAGGAUAGCAACAGGAGUUACAAUUAUCAAACUAUUUCGGUUCUCCCUCCGGCGCUGAAAUCACUGGUGCACCUGUGGGAAGAAUUGACGACGACCUGUUUGCAAACUAUUUCGGAACAGACCGCCAGUCCAAGUCAAAACAAGGGGAAGAAAGGUGGUGACGCGUACAAGAUGGAUGCGAAGGAGAAAAACAACACUGUGGAAAAAGAGAGCAAAAAAAGCAAAAAGAAAAAAGUUCCGCCGCGAAAUUAUUUAGAAGAUAUAGGUAUAUCAAGCUACUUGCACUCGUCGGGAGUCGAAACGCUAUGCGAACUCUGCAGCGAGACUUUUCCGCACCCGGUAACAUACCACAUGCACCACGAACACCCGGGGUGUGGCCAACACGCCGGCGGCAAAGGCUACAAUUCGGGCGGCAACUACUGCUUGGGAUGGGCUGGAAACUGCGGUGACGGAGGCGUCCCCGGUAGUUCGUGGUACUUGUUGUGCGAACCCUGUCGCGACAAGUACAUGAAAACCUCCAGAGGCAACAAGCCGCUACCGAAAUCGAAGACCGUGUCGCUGCGUAAACCGCUGACCAUGAAACCUUCGUCGAUGACGAGCGGCUCAGAGCCUCACAUCGUUAUGAAAAACAACGCUGUGUUCCUCAUGGACUUAGCCAGUACGACGGACAGUAAUAUGACCCACCAAAGGAGAGCGUCCGGAUGCGCAUUGCCGUCACUCUCCGAGAAUAUCACGCCGCCCGAUUGUUCCGGGCCGUUCGGACCUCUGCCACCGUUUCAAUGCUUAACUACGUUGGGCGCCAGUUUUACGGAAGAAGCGACGUUUUACAACGAGAUUUUACAAAAACAAAACGCCCUUAAUGGUUAUCUAGGCGCUCCCUCGACUUCGAACCAACGGCCCUUAUCCGAGAUUUCCCUUUCGGAAAAUGAGAGUGAUGGCGCGCGAGGCGUUAGAUUUCACAGAUCCGUAUCUAUGGGGACGAACGGCGUUCCCUGGGCAAAGGCGGGUUUCGACGGCCGAAUUAUAAUGAUGAGGAGGAGAAACAACAGCAGUUGCGUGGUGGUAAACGAAGGAGGAUCCUCGUUGCUGUGCAAUCCUUCGUCGGCACUGCAGAAGCUGAUUCCCAAAGAGGAACUGUCAUCAGUGGUCAAGCCGGAAUCGUCGUCGGAACACAGAGGAAGUCUGAAUUUGCUUCAGAGGCCUGUCUUGCAAUUCAUUACGCAGCAACACGACCUAGAUUCGUUGAAAUUUUGUAUGAAGCAAGCAUUAAGGAAAGCUAUGUGUCGAGUUUACGCAAUGCAAGCGUUAAAUUGGUUGUUGAGAUCCGUGACGCAGCCGAUUUGUUUGCACGAUCUGCUUUGGUGGUUUGUGACGUCUUUAACUCCUAUCGAAGUGGAAUUUGAAGCGGAGGAGGAUAACAGACCUCCCAAAAAAGCAGACGAUCAGGAGCUAAACGUAUGCGAUCACCCCCUGUCCGACAUCUCUAUCGCGGGGGACGCUGUCCACCCGCUACCUGGAACCUUCCACGCCCUCUUGCAAACUAUAGCGAAUUUGAUGAUUUUACUUCCUAUGGGUUCGCCUUUGCAACAAAUAGCCGUGAGAUGUUGGGGUCUUCGCUUCGCGCCGAGCGAUCAUUCCUUUCUGCACCGGUCUCAAGUGUUUAACAAUAUUAGCAAGAUAUUGUCCAGGAGCGAAGAAAUGGAAGACUUCACCGUAUCCAUGCACGAGAGCGCCUUUAGUCAAAUUUCUUCGUCCGUCGAAUGCUUGAAAGAUUUAACGAUGUCGGUGGAUAUGAAAGCGUCAAGUCGACAAGCAAUGAUAGGUAGCUUAACUGACGGUUCGACAGAGACGUUUUGGGAAUCGGGCGACGAAGACCGGAACAAAACCAAAAGUAUCACCUUGAUAUGCCCCCAAGGUCAUCACCCCAUGAUGGUAUGCGUACACGUGGACAACUGCCGCGAUCUAGGGAAUAAAGUUUCUACUAUCUCUUUUUAUGCUGGCCAAAAUACGGAUGAACUUGCGAAACUGAGAACGAUUGAGGUGGAAACUAAACUUUUAGGUGGCUGGAUAAACUGCCCAGUGACUGAAACAGGCGACAGCAUAAUUCGUCUAGAACUUAAAGGUCCCGACAAUUCAGUCCGCGUACGCCAACUGAGAGUGUUGGGGAGAGUUGAGGGGGAACCUCUUAAAGUAGGCAAGCUUUAUAGUGCCGCGACUAUCCAGCAAAGAAACUGCGAGGCGGAAACUCUCAGAGUGUUUCGAUUGAUUACUUCGCAGGUGUUUGGAAAACUGAUACAAGGCGAGACCCAGAACGGGGAGAAUCUCGUGACGUCGACCAGUGACAAUGGGGAACCAGUAGAAGAAAGUAAUGAUCUAAGGGAGCAUAUGGUGGGAAUCUUGUUUAGUAGGAGCAAAUUGACGCAUUUACAGAAGCAGGUUAUUGUUCAUAUUGUACAAGCAAUCCGUAAAGAGACUGACAGAGUUCACGAGGAAUGGGAGGCCAACACCUAUGCCGGCUCGGCCACUUCAACCCAUAGCAGUUCCGACGCCACAAAAAACUCAGACACUUAUUGUUUCGAAAUGUUGUCAAUGGUUCUCGCGUUAUCCGGAAGUUCGGUGGGCAGAGCUUACUUGUCACAUCAAGGCGGUUUGCUGGGAGAUUUGCUGGUAUUGCUUCACACUGGCAGCGCCCGUGUACAACGUCAGGUUAUCUCGUUGAUUAAACGAAUGCUGCCAGAAAUUUCCCCAGAGUUCUUUGCCAAGGUGGUCGGAGUUAAAAAUUUACCACCGAAGGAUUUUAAUAUAUUUCCGAUGGCUAGCAAAGAUUCGAAUUCCGGCAAAUUUGACAUACAAAGGUUGGGAUUGUUAGACGUUUUUCUCAGUGUAAUAGCGAAAGCACUGACCGUUCAGGUCAAACUGCGUGGCAAAAACGGUGGAGGGGGGCCCGCCAAGGAAAUCAACACGGUCACUUUAGCGACCUCUGCGAAUUUUAAAGACGACACCCGUUGGUGGUUGAAAGGAUGCACCAAUCGAAAGCUGGCGGAGGUCAUUGUUCAGCUGAUAACGGAUAUGUCCGCCGGCAAACUGUCGGAAGUUUGGGCAAACAUCACUAAAGGCGCGAUCGCUGAGAAUAUUAUAAAUCUGACUUGCCUUACCGAAGAACAAAGAAAUCCCAAUAUCUGCAUGAAAACACCUACGCUUUGGCUUGCGCUGGCGUCACUCUGCGUUUUAGACAAAGACCACGUCGAAAGGCUUUCUUCAGGUCAGUGGAAUAAGAGCGAAGGUCAAAAUGUACCACCUAGGCCGAUGUGCACCAACCACGACGACGGUGAAACAUUCGCCGUUAUCCAGUGCAACGUAUGCGGAAAUUUGUGCGCAGACUGUGACAGAUUUCUCCAUCUGCAUAGAAAAACUCGAGGUCAUUUGAGACAAGUGUGCAAGGAGGAAGAGGAAGCGAUCAAAGUGGAGCUGCACGAGGGCUGCGGAAGAACGAAACUGUUUUGGUUGUUGGCGCUGGCCGAUUCGAGGACUUUGAAAGCGUUAGUUGAAUUUAGAGAGGGCAGCACUCGAACGAAAGCGGCCGGGAUUACCGGAGUGUGCAGGUUUUGUGGCACGACCGGCAAUUCCGGUUUGCUGGCCAUCGGAAACGUUUGCGCAGACUCGGAAUGUCAGGAAUAUGGAAAAAGCGCGUGCGCAAAGUUAUUAAAUUGUGGUCACAUGUGCGGGGGCGUGUUCGGCGAAAGCAAAUGUUUGCCGUGUCUGCACGGUUGCUCGAACGACGCGACCUUGCGUCAGGAUUCGGACGACAUGUGCAUGAUUUGCUUCACCGAGGCCUUGUCCUGCGCACCCGCUUUGCAGUUACGAUGCGGCCACGUGUUCCAUCUCCAUUGUUGCAAGGCGGUGUUGAUGAAGCGAUGGGCUGGUCCGAGGAUUACGUUUUCUUUCUCGCUCUGUCCAAUUUGUAAGAUUGAAAUCAAACACCCAAUGCUUGAAGAACUGUUAAUGCCUAUUCAUGAAUUGUAUCGGGACGUUCGAAGAAAAGCGUUAAUGAGACUCGAAUAUGAAGGUUUGAACACGGUAGAUGCUGUGGGCACUCCGGGCACAAGAUUCUAUAACGAUCCUGCCGCAUUUGCGAUGGACCGAUACGCUUAUUACGUGUGCUACAAAUGCAAUAAGGCCUACUAUGGUGGAGAAGCAAGGUGCGACGCAGAAGUUGGUGACAACUAUGACCCUACAGAACUGGUGUGCGGAGCGUGUUCCGAUGUGGCGAGGGCGCAAAUGUGCCCCAAGCACGGCACUGAUUUCCUGGAGUAUAAAUGCCGCUACUGUUGCUCGGUAGCGGUCUUCUUUUGUUUCGGCACGACGCAUUUCUGCAACCCUUGCCACGACGAUUUCCAGAGGGUUACCAACUUGCCAAAGAGCGAACUGCCUCUUUGUCCUGCAGGCCCUCGAGCUUCUCAGCUAGACGGCGACGAAUGUCCACUACAUGUAAAACAUCCUCCAACAGGAGAGGAAUUUGCGCUUGGAUGUGGUGUCUGUAGAAAUGCACACACAUUCUAGUUGAAUUGAUUAGUAUUGUUCCGUUUUUUCAUAUUUUUUUAUAUCGUACUCGGUAAACAGCUUCAUUUUUUUAAUACGUAUAUAAGAUUAGACUAUGAGUAACACUUGAAAGGAUUCUUAUUAUAUUUGAAUAAAUCCCAAAAAUAAAGAAAAUGU